UUACUCAGAAGAGAUAAUUUAAUCGGCUAAAAGCACGCUAUUCGGGUGUGUCGAUGGCAGAAUGACCUUUCCUUUUGUAAUAUGUGUUCCCAUUAAACCCACAAAUGCCUAAAUGUUGAUCACUUAAGGAGUGUACUGAUUCAGAUUCAGAUUAGGCUAUUUAUUGCUGAUAAAAAGCAUAUUAUGAAAUAUGGACAUAUCAGUCGUUCACGCCAUAUUAACAUGGAGUGAAUGACAUAUUGCAUACUGACAUAAGCAAGAGUUAUGGGAGAGGGAAUUCAUUUGUCAACCCUAAAAAUAUGAAUGGAUUGCGUUAUAAGAUUUGAGGCGACUUGUGACUUGAAUAUCACACCGAACAAUUGCCUUUAAACAACUACAAUAUCUUCGGCUGUAUAGCCACUGCCUGAGGACAAAAGGAAGUUCACAUUUAUCUUGAACAAGUCCUAUUCAAUUCUACAUAAUAUAAAACAAACUUCUAGAACUAAUACGCUUCUUCUGAAGUCAGUGCGACAAUAGAUGAGUAAUAGGGGCAGGAUGGUUUAGCUCAGUUGGAAUCCACCAGAAACCAGAUAAAAAGGUUUUGGAUUCGAACCCCAAUGUCCAAAGGCAUCCUUGAUCAAAAUGCCCAUAUUGAUGAUAGCUUAGUUAAUUUACAUUUAAUAUAUCCUUGAAUUAUUAUAAUUAUUGUUAUUUCAUUGUUUAAUUGUUGUUACUUGUAAGUAUUGUAGUUGUACAUAAUUUUUUUUUGUGAAGCUUAAAGGAGGCAAAAAUCUCUUGAGGUCAUAUGUUGAACCAAACUUCAGGGAAAUCCCCCAAAACACUUCAGUAUAAUAAGUUCAACAAAUCAUGGAUACCUUUUACUAGCGAUCAACUUUGGUACCCUGGAGGAGCUCCCAAAAAUGAACAUUCUGAUUGUUUUCGCCCUUCCGCUCUACAUGGCUUCCUUGGUUCGGAGCGCACCUCUUCCAGGGUUAUCCGGGGAUAACUUCAGAUCACUUGUGGAUACAGAUUUUUACAACAACGUCGACAUCAGCCUCAGUAUACUGAGGAAAAUCGUCCACGCCAUUCCCGAGACGCACAACGCAUGCCUCACCUCAAAGGCAUUUGAGCUCAACUCGACAAAAGGCGAGUUUAAGUUGGUGGCAGAAAGAAUUGGCAUUCCCGUCUCCCCCGUUCUUCAUCUGAACAGAACGUUAGAACAUUCUACUAUGGAGAGCAGUUUGGUCACGAUGUCUGAGGGCCUUCUGCUGCAUCAAUCUCUGCUCAGCAACAUUUCCACUCACCUGGGACCCCAGGACACAGUGACAGAGCUGCUUACCGACAUCAGAGAUCUGCUGUUCCACAUCCGCAAGCUGCUGAAGGACAUCAAGGUGGAUUCAGCGGAGCAGCCCGCGGCCCCCUGGCCGGGCAUCAAUCUGUCCGAUGACUUUGAUGUUCAGGUGACCACUCACGUCACUCUGCAGCAGCUGCAGGGCUUCGGCCAGGACAUGGAGCGGAUCCUGAGACGAGUGGCCCAAGCCAAUGAGGACGUGACCCAGCCCACCGACUCUGAGCAAUUGUAGUGAAGAA